CUUCAGUCACUCAAUAGUUAGCUUAGAUCUAGUGUAGGCCUAAGGCGCUUUCAAUAUGCUGAAGGCGCAUCGAAAAACAAACAGUACAUGGUUGCGAUAAAGAUGUUUCUUUGGUGUUAGCCUAGGAAGUUAGCUCAGGAAGUGGUGCGGAACAAAAGUGGACCUCCAGCAUCCGUCAACGUUGGCGUUUGUUUGCCAAAAUGAUUGGACUUUCUUCAGAUGAUGUUAUUUACCUGCUAUUUAUGGUAAUCUCUGUGGCAGCAGGUCCUGUUUUCAGAUCUGUUUUAAUAGACAAAACGUCAAGAAGAUGGGCUUCGGCGUUGAUUGGAUUCCUGUUGCUAGCUGUUGUGUGCGGACCUCACACCGUGCAUCUUGUUAUAACGGUUGUUGGCAAUUGUGUUCUGUUGAAGCUUUGUCCACCGACAAAGAAUGAGAGAGACUUGCCGGGGAAGAGUUUCAUCUGGAACUUUGGUUACCUGGCUGUCUUCAGGACAGUUCACUGGGUGGGAAUCCCAGCUCCAAGUCCAGUGACCAAUGCUGCCCAAUUAUUCCUGACUCUACGGAUGAUUGGUAUAGCAUUUGAGAUCCAGGAUAGUUUCAUGUUCAGAGCCCGAGCGCAGGAGUCAGGUGAUGCUAACAAGAGCCAAGAAGCGCUGCUGGUUCGAUACUGUACAGUCGAUGUAGGGCCAGCAGAGCUUGUCUCCUAUGCCUUUUGCUACAUUGGAAUACUUACAGGUCCCUACUACAAGUACCGCACAUUUCAAGACUGGCUGGAGCUACCAGUGAAUGCUAAUCUGAACGUGAAGCAGACAUUGACGGAACGUGUCAUACAGCUACCUGUCAUUGCCUUCUGCUUCUGGUUUUUCUCACGCUCCUUCAAUAUCGAGUACGUGGAGACAAUUGCAUUCCUGGAACGCCCCUUCCUCUUCCGCCUGUUCUACAUGGUCCCAAUGUUCAUCAUUUUCCGCACACGCCUGUACAUGGCCUGGAUCAUGUCGGAGAUUAUGUCUGUGACGGCUGGACUGGGAGCAUAUCCAGCAAUAUCCAAGCCACAGUGUGGUCAGGGACCCACCGACUACAGCAUGCUGGACACUUUUUACACAUCACCCAAAAAGGUUGACCAACGCUACAACUUUGAGACAGUGCACAACAUUGACAUAUAUGGCUGUGAGCUGGCCCCCUUGACCAAGCAAGGACUUCGCAGUUGGAACAUGACAGUCCAGUACUGGCUGGCCACCUACAUCCACCGCCGUGUGCCGCCCGCCCUCAAGGCCAACAGAGUGGCGAUCACCAUGACCGUAAGUGCCUUCUGGCAUGGCAUCCACCCUGGCUACUACCUCAGCUUCCUCACUGUCCCUCCCAUCCUCAUGGCGGAGGAGACCAUGAUCAAAGCUUUCCGCAAGGAGGCGAGCCCUCUGGGGCAGCAGCUCUUUGAUUGGGCUUGCUGGUUCUUCAAGAUGCGUGGCUUCGACUAUAUGUGCAUGGGCUUUCUGCUGUUGCGUCUGGGCUCCACGCUUCGUUACUGGUACUCGAUCUACUUCCUCGGACAUCUUGUCAUGUUAUCAUUUUUAGCAAUCGGACAUCUCGCUUUAGCUCUCAAACCUAAAAAGCCGAAGGCUCAAUGAUAGCUGAAUGUCAGCAGCCGUGGGGAGUCUUCCAGGGUAUAGCUGAUGACUGAGUAAGUUGGAUUUUCAGUCCUUGCUGGAUGAGAGGCGCAAAGAAAUUUAUGGUUCGGAUACAAACAGUUGUACAACAAAGAACAAAACCCCUGGAACAUUCCAUCAUUGUGGAAUUUGUGAUAUUUUGGAGGAAAAAAAGUUGUCUAUUUUUUAGUGCGUGUAAAAUUAAGAACCUAUGUCAUGAAGAGUUUAUCUUAUAAGUUCUAUUUUAUGUGUAGGCCUACCAUUUGUCCUACAGAAAUUCUUACUUUGUGUGUGCCUUUUGUCUGCAGAAAGUGCUAUUUCGUGUGUGCAGAUUGUCCACUGAAAGUUCUACUGUUUGCAUGCCGUUUUUGUGUUUUUAUUUCUAUUUUGUUUGUACUAUCAUUUUUAGAUUCUACUUUAUAUGUGUGUGAUAUCAGUUAUGAUAUGUUGUCACAAAUGUUACAAAGCCACAAAGCCACCAAGUUUUGCUAGUUUUUUAAACUAACGAGGGAAAGGCAGGCGCGUGUGUGGAUGAAGACAAGAAAUCUUAGUUCAUUUUUUGUGGAUAUUCUAUGUACCGGUAUGUGUUUUAUAGAAAAAAAGAUAGAGUACAGGGUGUUUUUUUUUACAAAUCAAAUCCUUACUGGAUGUGUCUUUGAGUGUGUUAAUAUAAGGAAUUGCAAGAUCUAGACAGGGUGUGUUUUUCUUGUUUUAGAUGAACAGAUGUGGAGAUUGCAGAACAGACUGUCCCCCCAGACAGGGAUGCCAACCAGUACGAUUUUACGUAUUUUAGUACGAUUUUUUGCCGAAAAUACGCGAAUACGACUUCAUGAAAAAAUACGCAUCCUGGAAUGUGAAAAAUGCGAGAUUCAGCUUGGGCGAGUACACCUAAUUACAGGUAUCUCAAGUCCUAUCUUUUGUCAAAAUAGUCUCAGUAACACGGAACUGGAAUAUUUGAAAACCAAGUGCGAUAAGGUCAGUAAGUUCAGUUUUGCCGGUCGCGAAUGUGAUAUAUUCGUUCAGCUUUUCCCUGUCCGAGAGUACGUUUCACGCGAACAGGCGGCUAUGGCGGCAGGCGGAAGUGUAUGUGACACCGAGGCUCGAUCGAGAAAAUCAAGAUCUACUUUCACUUUCGUUACCACCGAGAAGUUUGCCAUCGGUAGUCUGAUAGGCUAAAGCAACAUUUGUGACAGGCAGGUUGUGCAGUAUAAACGCUGUGUCGCCGUGCAAAUUAAAUUUAAUCAAUACUCCGACUCGUCUCUGUGCUGUGACUUGUGGGAAAAAAA